AUGAUCAGCUCUUUCCGUUCGCCACGAACUUGCCAAUGGAAAAUAUCGCUGCCGUCUCAUUUCCAUCUUCUUUCUUGCCUGCAUCCUGCGCUGGUGUGCUCCUACCACGCGGGGAGAGCAGGCUCCGUCAAUACCGCUAUCCAACGAGGUCUUCGAAAAUCUAAAGGCACUGCCUUCAGAGGGCCAAGGAACCCUCGUGCUGACGAUCCGCGCGAGGUCUACAGAGCACGAACUGGCCUUCAUCUCAACGAAUUUGCCAUCGCCAGAGUAAACUCGGCAGCAAGAAGGCAAGAGGCUCGCAGCGGUCCGCAGAAUGACAUUUUGGCACGCAGUAAGCUGUGGACCAUGCGUGGCAGAACAGGUGUCAAGAACCAUGGGAAACACUCUUCGCGUCAUCCUAUGCGGAGCGAAGCCAUCCCGCGCCCUAAAGGGUCUCGGGACUUAGAGAUGCGUGGUCGAUUUGGGGAAACGCUCACUCCACGUAUUCGCAAGGUUGAGCAUACAAGAAGUCGGUCUAGCAGAGGAACUCACGGGGAAGCUAGCUACAACCCAUCGGCAAGUACGUCUAGAUUCGGGACUGGUUCAGGCACUCACGCAGCUGGCCAUUCGUUCAGAACACAAUACGGCCUAGGAUCAGAGGAUUCUGCAUCGAAGGUUCCUUACCUAUCCUUGUCAUUCCGGGACAGGUCUUCUGGAUCACCGACAUCCAAGUCCUACGACUCGAGAUUCGGUGCGCCAGGUGGCCCUUCUACCAUAAGAUGCAGUCAAGCGAAAUUCGAAUCAACGUCUUUGGAUCAUUUGAAUCCUCCUCGGGCCUGUGAUCGACUUGUUCGGCUAGGUAAGAAAAAGUUGACGAACCAGACCUCUGAUAGAGUCGAAUCAAGAAGUCCGUGGCUCAAACGGGAGUUUACGGAAAGGCAAUUCACCAAAGGCAAAGUAGGAAAGCGUGGUACAGGAUCAACUGGAGGAAGCGUCAAGACGAGCCAUGGGGAAAUAAUUGAAGACAAACAAUCAUUGGGAUGGCACAAUGACGGCAACUCAUCAAGCACACCCCAUCAAUCCCUUGUUUUUGAUAGACACAUACCUCUGUCCAUUCCAUAUACUACACCUGCCUCGGAAUUUCUGUACGGCACUUCAGUCGUUGAGGCUGCCAUAGUCUCGUCAAGGAGUCCCAAGCGAAAGCUCUACAAACUUUAUAUCUACACAGGAGAAAACAGGGAAAAUUUGGACCAAGAUUCUCGACUGGAGCGGUUAGCAUGGGAGAAUGGUAUUCCAGUGCUGCGAGUCGGCACCGAAUGGGUUCGACUCAUGGACAAAAUGAGCAAUGGACGGCCACAUAACGGGUACAUUCUUGAGGCAUCACCUUUGCCGAGGCUACCUGUAACUCGCCUGGGAGCAUUUAGGUCCGAUGCUAACCAAGAAGGUUUCGAGGUAUCUGUUGACCACCAGUCCAGAGAAGAGGCUGCUAUAAACGGAACAAGCGAUUUCAUCCAGACAAAGGAAUGUGACAGUGGACGAAAGCCUCUAGUACUCUUGCUUGAUAGCAUCGUGGAUCCGGGUAACCUUGGUGGUAUUAUUCGAACCGCUUCCUUCCUUGGAGUGUCGGCCAUCGCUAUUUCUGCAAGGAAGGGCGCAUCAUUGACACCCGUAGUUCUCAAAGCUUCGGCCGGCGCCUCAGAAAACAUCCCACUCUUUUCUGUCAACAAACCCGCUGGAUUUAUUGUCGACUCCAAGUCAGCCGGGUGGAGAGUCUAUGCUGCUGUUGCGCCUUCCCGAAGAAAUGACCCUUCAAUGCCAGCAUCUUUAUCAACAGUUGAUUUGGGGGAUCCCCUUUCAAAGGCUCCUUGUAUUCUUAUGCUCGGGAAUGAAGGCGAGGGCCUUCGUUGGAAUCUAAGAAGUAAAGCGGAUAUCAACCUUUAUAUCCAGGGUAGUGGCCAGAGCUUCAACGUCGAUAGCUUGAAUAAGAACUAG